UAACAUUCUCACGCUUCUUUUUUCAUUUUCACAUUUCCAUUCUCAUUCAACCGACGCGGCGCAGUAACAUGACCAUGGAAUCUCUCAGCAAUGACUUUAAAGACAAGGCUGAAUUGAACAAGCCUGAGCUGCAUGGCCAGCAGCAACAGUCAGAGCAACCAGGCUCUGAGGCCAGCCCUGCCUCUUCAGGGAAGAAGAACAAGAAGAAGAAAAAGACCGCUACGGCCACUGACAGUAAUGAGAUUAAGGAAGAAAAGGCCAAUGGCGAUAAAGCAGAGGAUGAUGACGACGAAGAUGAUGACGAUGAAGAAGAAGGCGCUAACACAACAGAGGCUACCGCAACAAAAAAGAAGAAGAAAAAGAACAACAAAAAGAAGAAGAAGACCACACAAACGGAGCCCCCGACAAUCCCAGUCUCCAAAAUCUUCUCCAACAAGAUUUAUCCAGAGGGAGAAAUCUGUGAUUACAAAGAAGACAAUCUUUGGAGGACGACCAAUGAGGAGAAACGUUAUCUGGAGCGCCAGAACUUUGAUCAGUACAAUGAUGUCCGCAGAGCCUCUGAGGUCCAUCGUCAGGUCCGUCAGUAUGCGCGUCGUAACAUCAAACCUGGCAUGUCCAUGAUCGAGAUCUGUGAGAUGAUUGAGAACGGUACCCGCAAUCUGGUAGAGGCCAAUGGAAUGGAAGCUGGAAUCGGAUUCCCUACAGGAUGCUCAUUGAAUCAUUGUGCAGCCCAUUACACACCCAACACUGGCGAUAAGACUGUGAUUCAGUAUGGUGAUGUUUGCAAGAUCGAUUUUGGUGUUCAUGUCAAUGGAAGAAUCAUUGAUUCUGCUUUUACCUUGACAUUCGAUCCUGUUUAUGAUAACCUGCUUGCUGCUGUCAAGGAUGCUACAAAUACAGGAAUUCGUGAGGCUGGUAUCGAUGUGAGACUCUGCGAUAUUGGAGCUGCUAUUCAAGAAGUCAUGGAGUCGUAUGAAGUUGAAAUUGAAGGCAAAACAUAUCAAGUCAAGCCCAUUCGUAAUCUUAACGGACACUCAAUUGAUCCAUACAAGAUCCAUGCAGGAAAAUCAGUUCCUAUUGUCAAAGGUGGAGAUCAAACCAAGAUGGAGGAAGGUGAAUACUUUGCUAUUGAGACUUUCGGAAGUACAGGACGUGGAUAUGUUCAUGAGGACAUGGAAUGCUCGCACUAUGCUCGUGUUUACGACGUUCAACACGUUCCACUCCGUUUGCCAAGGGCUAAGACGCUAUUGAACACGAUCAACAAGGAGUUUGGAACGCUCCCAUUCUGUAGAAGAUACUUGGAUCGCAUCGGCGAACAAAAAUAUGUGCUUGCCUUGCGUAACCUGGUCGAAGUCGGAAUUGUAGAUGCAUAUCCACCCCUGGUAGACACCAAGGGCUCAUAUACUGCUCAAUAUGAGCAUACGAUUGUGCUCAAACCCACACAGAAAGAAGUACUUAGUCGUGGUGAAGAUUAUUAAGCACAUCUCUUGCUAAAGUUGUCACUAAAAGAAAUAC